GGGUUAGUAAACAAGGAUUUGUUUUCAUAAUUGUAAGGGUCUGUUUUUAAUGCGAAGCAGAGAUCCCCAUUUUUAAGUUUCAUGAGUAAGUCAUGGCGAACAAGCAAAAAGGAUGCCACGGUCGCGACGUAUUCAGUCGUAUGAAUUUUCUCUACCAAGCUUCGGCUUUGAUGGUUGAAAAAAAUCCAGUUCUCGCUUGCCACUAUGGAAACAUGUGUAAAUCCGUUGGGAAAAAGACCGUUCUGAGAAUGGAGCCGGAAAUGAAGCGAACACUUUGUAAAGUUUGUGGAAUAGUUUUGAAGCCUGGUGUUUCCGCCGAAGUACAAAUUAAUGGAUACAACGAGAAGGAUCAAAUGCUCACUGUAGUUUGCACCAUGUGCAGUUCUAGUAAAAACUUUGUAUUGAACUCGAAAUACGAUAUGUGGUUGGAUAAUCCUCGUUCUGUGGUAGAAACGAUUCCUGAAAAGAAGGCGGAGGAAUGAUUUUUUUUUAAAAUAUUAUAUUUAUUGGUUUCACAUAGCAAAUAAGAAUGUUAAUUUAUUAAACCACAAAUUUUAUAAUAU